AUGCCGGGCAGGCUCUGGUAUAAAGCCCUGGCUACACCCGGCGAUGCCCCUGGCCCCAGGGAGGCGGCCGUGCUAUCGCUCCUCCGCACGCUUCCGCAGCUCCCCAGCCCUUCCCCUCCCGCGGCUGCCUUGACUCACUCCAACCCCCUGCUGCCUUUCACUUUCACCCAGCACCCAGAAGGGGAGGAACUUCCUCCUCCAUUUCCUUCCUCAGCUCCCGGCCCUGCUCCAACCCAACACAGAGCAGAGACCCAAAAGCCAGCCCCCAGACUGAAAACAACCCUGGGCGCCAUCGUGAAGCUGCAGGGUGGGGCCGUCCCGGCUAUGAGAGUCCCGCUCUGCCUCUCCAAUCAGAAUGAACCAACUACAAACCUGGACCCUCCAGCCCCUGCAAGCCCACCCCUGCCUGAGUUCUGGUGGCUGCAGCAAGGCUGGGAGAAGCAGGGCCUGGAGGCAGUGUGGCCCAAUGGAGAGGGCAGUGAACUGGUUGUCAGUUUCCACGUCCGCUCUCGGGUGCACACGGGAAAGGGAAAGGGCUCCCGCACCAAGUUCCCGCAGCUCGCGAGACCCUCCUGUAGCUCCCGGACCCAGGCUCGGUCACGCAAGCCUGUCCCGGCGGACACCACGUUUCGCUCAGGCGGAGGAGGAGCCGCCGCUACCGCCGCGGGCCGGGUGGCUUGGGAGGGUUUUCCUGCCGGGGCCGCGCCUGGGUGGGCGGGGGCCGCGCGCAAGCUGCGUAGCUGCACAAACACGGCGGGUUGGCUCUGCACAGGCACUUGCGGGCGGGGGGUGCGGGCCGCCGAGGGGGCGGGCGGCAGGGCGGCAAACGCACGUACACAAGCGCGCCCCCCCCCACGGCCGCUCGGGCAGCAGAAGUUGCCACGCCGCGCCCCCCGUGGCUCCGCGCCCCCGCUCCGGGCCGCGCCUGCAGAGCUGCAGCCCGCGCCCCCAGCCGCCACUGCUUGCGCGCAGCCCGGGGUCCCUUGGCCGCCGCAGCCAGGCCGGGCUCUGCGCCGAGCCGCGUGCAGGCCUCGGCCGCCGGCCCAACAGCCCCACUUACCCUGCUCCUACCCGAGCUCCGGCAUCGGCUGUCCCCUUUCCGCCGCGGGCCGCCGCCUUCGGUCGCCUCCCAGGCUCCAGCCGCCUGCACGCACUCCCGAUUUUAAAAACAAACAGGCGCCGCCGCCUCCCCGCGACGCUCGCAGAAUUUCCGCCAGCUCGCGCCUCCCGAGGCCGGGAAGUUUGCUGGCAGGGCCCGGGCGGGACGCGCGGGCUGUCACCCCUCGCUCCCGGCACAGGAGCCUCGGCGCAACCCGCGCCCGUGGUGUCCGCCUCGCGAUCGCUCUCCCUCCCUCCGUGUCACCCCCCAGUCCUCCGAUGCAGUGUCAGGAUUGCACUGCUCUGACUCAUCGGUUGAGCUCACAGCUUGAAAAAAAAAAAGAGAGAGAGAGAGGGCGAGAGGCAACAGCGAAGGAGGAGGACUCUCUGGCGUGCUACAAAGGAUUGCACAACUCGGGGCUGGGAGCGCGGAGCGCCCAGCAGCGGGCCGGCGCGCGCGGCACGGCGGCGAGCAGGAACCAGCUCUACCACUUCAUCAGCACAACUGUCUCGGGUCUGCCUCUCAGCCAGCAGGCCCGGCGCCGCCCACUUCCUGAGACCAAAUAA